AUGAAGGUGAAGAAGCCCACUUCCAAGCGAAAGAGCACGAAAUUGCAAAAGGGCAUCCAAAAGAAAAUUGCUGCUCACAACCGUAAACAAAAAAAGCUUUCAAAGAAGAAUGUGACCUGGAAAUCACGCCAGCCCAAGGACCCGGGAAUUCCAAACUCGUUCCCUUUCAAAGCCCAGCUUCUUGAGGAGAUUGAGAUGAACCGUCAAAGAGAUGCCGAGGAACGAGAGCGCCGAAAAGAAGAGUUACGCCAACAAGCAAUUGCCCAAGGUGCGACUGCAGAGGAUUUGGUUACCAUCAACGAUCAGAUCGAUAUGGCUGCGAAUCAGAACCGAUUGAGUGCCCUUUUGGAGUCUGCUCAGCAGGCGGCUGCCGACUAUGAAAGUGAUGAUGAGGAAAUGGACCUGGAGGACGAACAAGAUGAAGAGCUCGGUGGUGUGUUUGAGGACAUUCAGAAGGACACUUCGCGCAAAGCAUUUGAAAAACAUUUCAAGCAGGUGGUUGACAGCUGCGAUGUGCUGAUCUAUGUUCUGGACGCUAGAAACCCCGAUGGUACGCGGUCAAAACACGUUGAGGAGACUAUUCUCGCUCAUCCGAACAAACGUUUGAUCUUUGCUCUCAACAAAAUUGAUUUGGUCCCGGAGGACGUUCUGAAGCGUUGGGUCGAGCAUUUGCAACGCUCGUUCCCCACUGUUCCUCUUGCCGCCAGUGCCCCCGCAGCUAACGCUCACACCUUCAACCAUGCUGGGUUUACUCGGGUCAAUACUGCCACCAGGUUGCUGGAAAGCUUGAAAAAGUAUGCUGCAGAGUCGUCUUUGAAACGCGCAGUGACUGUCGGUGUAAUCGGAUACCCGAACGUCGGCAAGUCGUCCGUCAUCAACGCCUUGCUUGCUCGCCAUGGUAAUAACAGCAGAGCUUGUCCCACCGGUGCUCAAGCCGGGAUCACUACUGAUGUGCGCAGAGUCAAGGUCGACAAUAAGCUGAACGUUAUGGACUGCCCCGGUAUUGUAUUCCCCUCUGCAUCUGGCAAGAAGCUCAGCCAGGUCGAGGAGCAUGCUCGUUUGAUUCUAUUGAAUGCUAUGCCUCCCAAGUAUAUGGAUGACUGCCGUCCUGCAGUGACCCGUCUGUUGAAGCGUUUGCAGAAGAACCCGCAACAGGCUGAGCUAUUUAUCAAGUACUACGAUCUUCCUCCUCUUGUCCAAACACCUUUUGAUGCAUUCGUUACAAACGUUCUUGUUCAUGUCGCCCGUAAAUUGGGUCGUCUCGGUAAAGGCGGUGUGCCUGACUUGGGCAGCGCUGCUCUGGCUAUUGUCACCGAUUGGCGUGAUGGCCGCGUGUCAGGAUGGGCCGAGCCUCCGGCAGACAAGCCUGCAGCCAGCGUUGAAGUAGUGUCUCAGUGGGCCCAGGAAUUCGAUUUAGAUGGCAUCCUGGGUGGUCUUCUUGAGGAAAAUAAUUAA